AUUGACAUAGUUUAUCGGACAAAGACUUCACAACUUCUUGCGCUGAUCACUAAUUAACUGUUGGGUCAGAAGUCAAUGACAUCGGCCGGAGUCGCAUAGGUGUUGGGUUCAUGUGAAAGCUUGACCUUUAUAAGGGCGAGUGCUCUCUUCCUUUUGCAUUCUUACCACAUUGGGGGGAAGAGAUCAAAGGAAGGAAAAAAAGAAAAAGAAACCGUCCGCAGUGGCAAAUGGAUCACGCGAUAAGCAUUGACGGGAGUGUAACAAGGGCAAUGCCAGAUGAAAGGAUUGAGGCUUUGAAGGCAAGAUACGUCCGGGCUCCAGAUCACCAACAACAACUUGAAGAUGGUGAUUUGAACCAAAUUAUGGAUUGUUACCUAUAUGAAGCCACGAAAGAAGGGGAUGUUGAGAAAUUCAUCCAUACAUUAGAAAAGGUGUCUGAGUCGAGGAAACUAGCUUUGUCGCUAAUCUUCGACCAAGUCACCCCCUCUGGAAAUUCAUUGCUUCAUGUAGCAGCAAGCUCUGGAAAUGACGAUGUCAUGGAGCUCAUUCUCAUUCAUUUCCCUAACACCUUGACCCGGAAGAACUCCUUGGAGGAGACUCCGCUCCAUGUCGCUGUUCAAGAGGGAAGGAUCAACGCAACAAAAAAGCUAAUUCACCUGGAAACAGACUCGGAAAUUAUAUAUUGGAAGAACAAGAAUAGUAAAUCUCCGUUGUAUCUGGCAGCCGAAACCGGGGAUAUGACGAUUCUUGGGCUUCUCUUGGAAGCUUAUGCGAGAGACGAAGCUUAUGCAGCCAAGAUACAGGGCAUGUCACCAUUUGCCGCACUUAAGGACAGGAAAUCAGGUAUAUGGAAAGAAAUUAUAGACAAGCUUCCGAAGUUACUUAACCUGAAAGGUGAAGACGGGGGGACACCACUGCACUCUGCAGCAUCGGUUGGAAAUGUCGAGGCGGUGCAGUUCCUGCUGAGCAAAUGCAGUUAUCUUGCCCUUCAAACGGACAACAACGGCUCCUACCCAAUUCACAUCGCUUGCGAACACGGCCACGUUGAGACAACCCAAGUGUUAGUGAAAAUGUGGCCCGACCUAGCAGAGAUUAAAAACAAAAAGGGUCAGAAUAUUCUUCACGUUGCAGCCAAGGGCGGGAACAAAAGGGUGGUCCGGCACAUACUCAACAAAUGCGGUCAGCCCAACGUCGAGAAGCUGGUGAAUUCGCAAGAUAUUGAUGGAAACACACCCCUCCAUUUGGCAUCGAUGCACAACCAUUGGCGAGUUUUGGGCUCUUUGACGAAAAACAAAAGAAUUAACUUGCAGCUUCUGAACAAUGACAACUUGACCGCCCUGGAUGUGGCCAUGGAACCCCAGAGCUUCAGAAUGAAUGAUCCAGCGCUACGGGGAGGUGAAAUUUUGAUUAAAGCUGGAGUACCGCAAAGCAAGGUUCGAGACCUUCGGUCACCGAAAGAACAAAGUCCUGGAGCAAGCGAGCCAUAUCAUGCCAAAUGGGUUCAGGACGAGAUUAACACUAGAUUGGUAGUGGCCACACUUGUGAUCUCCGUCACGUUCGCUGCUGGCUUCACCUUGCCCGGUGGAUAUAAUCAAUCCGAUGAUGGAAACCCGGGAGUGGCGACCAUGCUGGACCAUGGAGUGUUUAAGCUUUUUGUAAUUUCGGACACGUUAGCCAUGUACAACGCCAUCCUUGCAGUCGUAACCCUCCUCCGGGGUCACGGUAGCAAUAUCCACAGAACAGCAAAAGCUCACCACCAUGCAGGGGGAUGUUUGUACCGGGCUUUUAUCAGCAUGGCAGUGGCAUUUUUGGCAGCCCUAAUCGUAUCAUUGGGCAAACUUUCUUGGCUCACGAUGCUUGUUCUGUUCAUCGCAGUCAUUUACAUCUUGAACCUCCUGUUUUAUGUGUCAUCCUUGAUAAGUACAGGGCAUAACUUUUAA